AUGGGUGGCAUUCUACACCUCGCUGAGGACCGGCCAACUCCUCCUUCGGUCUACAAUUGGCGAGUCUAUGUGCUUGCUCUUAUUGCAUCAUGUGGUUCUAACAUGAUCGGUUAUACAAGUGCCUUCAUUGGUACCACUGUCACACUCACAUCCUUCAAGGAUGAGUUCGGUCUUCAGAACAUGUCCAAGGCCGGCAGAGAUCUGAUUAGUGAAAAUAUCGUGUCUCUCUUCAUCGCCGGAGCCUUCUUCGGAUCUCUCCUCACAUACGGGCUUAGCCACUGGAUUGGACGCAAGUGGUGUUUGUGUAUUGCUUCUGCCACCUUCGCUGUGGGUGCUGGCCUGCAGUGCGGUGCCAACUCUGCUCUUGGUCUGGGUAUUCUGUAUGCUGGUCGCGUCUUGUCCGGUCUUGGAACCGGUGUUGCGUCCAACAUUAUUCCCAUUUAUCUGUCUGAGCUGGCUCCCCCGGCUAUCCGUGGUCGUCUUGUCGGUCUCUACGAGUUGGGAUGGCAGAUUGGUGGCUUGGUUGGCUUCUGGAUUAACUAUGGUGUUGAGCAACAUAUCAAGCCGAGCCGUGAGCAGUGGAUCAUUCCAUUUGCCAUUCAGCUUAUUCCCGCUGGUAUGCUCUUCAUGGGUUCUUUGUGGAUUCGGGAAUCUCCCCGUUGGCUCUUCCUCCACGGCCACCGAAAGCAAGCGAUGGAGAACCUCUGCUGGAUCCGCCAGCUUACCACUUCUGAUAUGUAUAUUACGGAGGAGGUUGCUGCUAUUGACCAAGCACACGAGGCCCAGAAGGCUAUUGUUGGUCUCGGCUUCUGGAAUCCUUUCCAGGCCCUUGCCAAGCGCCCGAACAUGAUGUGGCGUCUGUUCCUGGGAUGUAUGCUCUUCUUUUGGCAGAACGGCUCUGGUAUCAAUGCCAUCAACUACUACUCGCCUACUAUCUUCACUAGCAUUGGCGUUGCCAGCGACACCGUCAGCAUUAUGACUGGUAUUUUCGGAGUUAUCAAGGCCGUCAUGACCUUCGUCUGGCUGCUCUUCCUGGUUGAUCAGCUCGGAAGACGUAAGCUUCUCCUUAUCGGUGCUGUCACCGGUUCUGUCUGCAUGUGGGUUAUUGGUGCCUACAUCUAUGUCGUGGACCCAGCCAAGCACCCCACCGACACUCUCAACGGUGGUGGUAUCGCCGCUAUUUUCUUCUUCUAUCUGUGGACUGCGGUGUACACCCCCACCUGGAACGGUACCCCCUGGGUCAUCAACUCCGAAUUCUUCGACCCCAACUUCCGUUCCUUGGCUCAGGCCUGCACCACUGCCAGCAACUGGCUGUUCAACUUCCUCGUGUCCCGAUUCACCGAACAGAUGUUCGCUGCCAUGGGAUACGGUGUCUACUUCUUCUUCGCCUCCCUGUCCUUCCUCGCCUUCUUCUUCGCCUUCUUCCUCAUCCCCGAGACCAGCGGUAUUCCUCUGGAGAAGGUCGAGCGCUUGUUCAAGAUCAAGCCUAUCUGGAACGCGAACAAGAAACUGAAGGCCGAGCUGGCCACAGAGGAAGAGCAGUUCCGAUUCGAGGUCAAGGAUGGUGCUGUUCACCACGAGAACCAGGACUCCUCGGACGAGCCUUGA